CAGCGACACAGACGGUGAGUAUACUACGGUUCUAGUUAUUUGAUUGUAAGUUAGGAUGCAUAUCACUAAUACGUGAUGGAAGGCACACAAUUCAUCAUUCCAGCAACAGUCCGUGUCUGGAAUGGACCGUUCUAUUGAAAACACUGGGCAGAUGCGUCUACCACCUCCAUCUACAAAUUCGAUGCAGAUGCCAGCUUUAUACGGACUAAAUCCUACACUGACUGGGACAGGGGAAAGACAAACAGACCAACAGCAAUAUAUCUAUCAAUAUGCCCCGACCCCUCAAUCCCUCCAGCAAUACAACAACACUGCCCAAGACCCAUCGUCGUCAAGUUACCGGGACCUACCAGCUCCAACAGCAUCUAGCAGCAACCCACAACCACCAUCAACAACGCAACCUCGACCCCGAAACCCAUUCCCCUGGUUCCGACACAUCCCCCAUAUAGUCCAAGGCCAGACUGCCUCACGCACAGGAAGCACCAACACCAAUAUCCCUCCACAGGCUGGACCAUGGCAUCCUGAGAACGCGACGGAUGCCAUUUUCAACCCCCAGCGGAUCAACUCAAUGGAUCCUUCUCCCUUCGUCCAGCACGGCAGUACUCAACAGCCUUCAGGAGUAAUGAAUUCAUCACCAGACGCCAUCUUCACCACCCAACGAAUCACAUCAAUGGAUCCCUCUCCCUUCAUCCACCACGGAAGGAGUAGUACUUCUUCUUCUUCCCAGCAAGCUUCUGGAGGAACGAAUCAACCACAACCACAACCCCAGCAACAUAGCAACCACAGUAGCUGGCAGACUGGGUCCGCGAACCUAUCAGAUACAUUGUACAACUCUCAGCGGAUGUCCAUCAUGGAGCCAUCGGCAUUCAUGCAGCAUGAAACUAUGCCAAGACAGUCUCAGUGGGGAGGAGGGAUGAAUCUUGAUCUCCCACCACCGCCACCACUGCAGAUGUCGCAGCAGGAUCACGCAACCGCUGGAAACGAGGAACAAGAGCAGCAGAGAUCGUAUGAUCCAUCAUCUAGUGGGUCUUAUGGGCAGCAGCAUUACCAGCCGUGAGAUUUUGAGCGAAACUGGGUGCCCUCGAGGGGAGGGGGGUUUAGUAUAUGCAUACAAAUUAUCGACUGUGAACUUUGAACUGGCGUGGUGAAUGGUUUCAAGAUUUGGGGAAUUGGAUUUGAUAUAUCGUGAUCUCUCGAUCGGCGUUUAUAGGACGAGAAAGAUGUAUGGGUGUUGGUCGUCAUAUUAUCAUUUUGUCUGUAUCAGCAUUU